AUGGACACAAGCGUGGAAGAGACCGAGCUCGACGUCGGAUCGGCGAGCGACGAGUUGGAAUCGUCGGCUGUAGAGGCGAAGCUCGCGCGACGUCCGACGCCGCGACCCUUCACGAUCGAGAGCUUGAUCGGGGGCGCGCGCGAGGAUCACGAUGCUGGUGGUGGCGUCGCGCGGGAUGAUCGGACGAACGGCAGCGAGGAGGAAGAACACCGGGAUCGGGAGUAUCAGCUCUAUCAGAGGCAUUAUCUGGCGACCGCUACGGCUAACACGCUACCCUCAGGUUUCGGUGUGCCGCUCGGCCUAUACAGCGCCUGGCUACCGAUGCGGAUGUAUGGCGGCGGCGGUGCGGCCGGUGUUCCGAUGCUGCCGCCGCAGCAUCCGUCCGCCGGCUAUCCGGCUCACCCGGAGCUGCAUCAGAGCCGGCUGCCACAGCUCUCUGCAUCGGCGACCGGUCAUCCGCAGGGAUACUACCCCUUGGACGGUUGCCGUCGCACAGCGAGUCAGCGUGCGCUCAGCAGCUUCACCGACAGCGAAGAUGAGGACGGCAGCAUCGGCUCGCCAGCGUCACCGGCUCACGAUCUCUCCAAGUCGCGGCACGGAUCUGAGAACGGUCGUGUAUCAGCCGAUAGCGACGAAGAGGGUGGUGGUGCUGUGGGUUCCGGCGAGGGUCAUGACAUUUCUGAUGGUGUCGGCGGCGGCAUCGGCAAUGUCACCACAAGUCCCAGCAGAUCCUUAGAAAACGGGCAGAAUUCGUCAGCGUCGAAUACCGGUGGCAGCAAAGCCCGACGACGACGUACCGCGUUCACUUCGGAACAACUGUUAGAGCUGGAGCGCGAAUUCCACGCAAAGAAGUACCUGAGCCUGACAGAGCGUUCGCACAUAGCGCACGCGUUGAAGCUGUCGGAGGUGCAGGUGAAGAUCUGGUUCCAGAAUCGACGUGCCAAGUGGAAGCGGGUGAAGGCCGGCUUGAGCGGCGGUGGUGUCGGCGUCGGUUCGACGGCGGCAUCAGCUAUGACGCCCUCCGGCGCUUCUGGUCGUCACAAUGGUACCGCCGGCCAGCACACCGGUUCAGGUACCAGGAUCGUCGUGCCGAUACCAGUGCACGUGAGCCGUCUGGCUGUCAGAUCGCAUCAUCAUCAUCUGGAGAAGUGCGCGAGGGCACCGCGCGCGAGACCGACACCAUCCUCGGGCGAGAGCGUAUCCCCGGGAGCGGCAUCGGUGUUGGGCGACACUUUGGGAUUAGUGAACUCUUCGGUGAACUUGACUGGCCAGGUGCAGCCGCCACUGGGUGCCGGUAUGGGAGUAGAGAUCGGGGUUGGGGGUGGUCUGAGGGCCUUCGCGGUGCCAGCGCAUCGAGCUGGUCUCGGAUCCUCCGGGAGGUAGUGAACGUCGUGUGGACGAUGAGAAUUGGACGCCUGGUACGUUAAAACGCGAAGGAAAGAGAUAGAGGUAAAAUGUUAAUCGGCGUAAAACGCGCGCGCGGCAAAAUGGAAUCGGAUGUCCUCAUUAUGAAGUCGUGAUAUCUAUCAAUCAGGAAUUAAAAAUCAACCACGAUUAAUGUAAAAAAUUAUCGAGAGAUGGAUACUUAUACCUCAAUAUAUAUAUAUUUCUUUUAUCUUUUACAUAGAACUUUUAUUAUGUGCUAUAUUAUUCACUGAGACAGGAGAGAAUAUUUUAUCGAAAUUAAAUUAAAUAUGCAUGAAUCGCUUGCUAACAAUAGCACAGAAUUUUUCGAAUAUUUUCUAUCUUUUAAACAUUUUUAACAGUUAUUCAAAGGAUAUAAAGCCGAACUUUCUCUCUUGCCGGUUCGCUUUCUAUCGCACCAUCGAUUCAAAUGUUCUAAAUACACGAGGGAGUCAUUUCGACCAUAUUGCUCGAGCGCUCGAUAUCUUUUUCCGACUUCACAGCGCACAUUGUAAAUAACAAGUCUUAGAAGUUUGUAAAUAUACACAUAUACCAGGUAGAUAGUAAUUCCGCAUAAACAUCGUAGCUCGUAUUUGUAGAUAGUUUACAUUAAGCAGUGGGUUUCAGCCUGGCGAACAACUAUUACGUGGCGGCGAUACCGCGUAUCGAUCAGCCGUGCGAUCAUCGCAGCUGUAUUACAACGGCGAAACGUUACAAUGAGGCGGAAGCGCACAAAAUGUCGGGCUAUAGA